CAAAUCAAAUAUAACAACUUUACAAACUUUGAAAAUUCCUAUUAUAUUUAUUAUUUAUACUCUUUCUUAUAUCACUUUAUUUAUUUUGAGAUUCACUGACCUCAUCUUGUUUCUAUCUCCCAUCCACCUUCCUCGCAAACUACAACAAUUCGAACAAUCUACAGACUCAAAUUACAAUAUCUAACUUCUUACAUUUCUCACAUUCUUACAUUUACUUAUCAAAUCAUGCCUUCUCAGUGGGACCAUACGGCUGACAAGGAUUUGUUGUUGGCUAUCAUUGAAGGGAACAAUUUAAAGACCAUUGAAUGGCCUGCGAUUUCUGAAAGACUUCAGAAGAAAGGUUAUUCCUUCACCAAGGAGGCUUGCCGGUGCGUACAAGACUUUCAUUUUCUGGAAUCCAUUUCUUUGCCUCUUCUUCUCAGUCCUUAUAUAUUCCUUUGGAAAUAUCAACCUCCUUGGUCUUCAUAUUGCCUUUGAUGAUCGUCUCCAAUAAAGAGGUGGUUUUUCAAGAUUGAGAUCUAAGUAAUUAUUUUUCUGGUAUACACUACAAUAAAUCAGUAUUUUUCAUUCUUCUCUCUGAUGUAAUAUUAUCAUUCGCCAGUCGCUGUCGCAUUUUCCCAGGUCGUUAGAAUUACAAUCAUUACCUUCCUCAUGUCUUAAUCAUCACCGCUAUCAAAGCUUGCUUGCUCGACAACUAAGUGAACAAUAUACAGACAACACUUCCAGAAAAUCAAAAAAGAAUCUCGCACCGGCUCACCUUCCGCGUCCACCAGUACCACUCCUGCCGCCACUCCUGCCAAGAAACGUAAAGCCAAGGCCUCUUCUUACGAGGACGAGGCUGAAAACGAUGACGAUGAAACGCCCACGAAGAUACCAUCCAAACGUGUCAAGAAGGAAAAUGGUAAUCAAACAGCUACUCAAGUCGGAGUCGAGGUUGAGGAAUAGGUGUGUUCAAUGACAAUCAGUAUGUACUAUAUGCCUCCAUCAGUUGGCGUAGGCGACAGACCGUUGCGUGGCAAAAAGAGGAACAUGAUACUGAUGAUUAAGUAGCCAACGAUGGCUAGCGUUGGGCGCAUUUUCUUGCUCCACUGAUUAUUAAAUGCUGAUCGGAGUGGAGGCCAUUGGUGUGUACAGAUUUGACACUGAGAACGAGCACCAUGGUGGAGGCGAAUACUGGUCUAGCAUCAGCUCACUUGGUUCCAAUUAGUUGAGACUUCCUUGCAUUGACGAAAGACGUUGAAGGGGGCACUCUUUCGGCAAAUCAUAUUUAUUUCCCCAAUAUGGCAGUACACAACGAUCUCAUCACUCCUUUGUGUCGUAAAUUCUUUGCCAUAACAAUAUAAUUCCAGCAUCUUGUAGGACUCUGUUUCCAUCUCUUUCUGAAUGAUGAAGGUGUCCGCUUCAGUGACCACAAAUGCUUAGUUGCCUCGUCUUCGCCUAGCCUUCUCCAAAUUCUGCCUCAAGUAGUUGAAAAAUGACGUCUCACAUCGACACACAUCAUGUAGUUGCGGCCUAUCCUUGCUAAACAACCUCUGGCCGCAAAUCACUCUGUGCAAUACUUCAAAACGGCUUCCACGUUGCUCGGCUGGAUUCAAUAGUAAGACUUACUACUACACAGUGCCUCGUAUUUUGAGCAUUAAAUGACACUUCCUCGUUAUACCGCUUGCUCAAAGAUACUUGAGAGCAUUCUCUGCUAUUU